AUGGCCGCCAUUCUGCAGAACGUAUACAAGUGGGCGAUUCCGUUGACCGUCGCCGGAAGUCUUGCUCAAGCCUCUAUUUACGACGUUAAAGGCGGAACCAGAGCAGUCAUCUUCGAUCGAUUAGCUGGAGUAAAGGACGAGGUUAUGAAUGAGGGCACUCAUUUCUUGGUUCCAUGGUUACAAAAGAGCAUUAUAUAUGAUGUGCGAACGAAGCCAAGAAACAUCUCGACGACUACUGGAAGUAAGGACUUGCAGAUGGUUAGCUUGACUUUGAGAGUGCUACAUCGUCCAGAGGUUCAGGCUUUGCCAAAAAUCUAUCAGAAUCUCGGACAAGAUUACGAUGAGCGUGUUCUCCCCUCCAUCGGAAACGAAGUAUUAAAAUCCAUUGUCGCCCAAUUCGAUGCAGCAGAACUCAUCACUCAGCGUGAAGCCGUCAGCAACAGAAUUCGAACCGAUCUCCUCAAGCGUGCUCAGGAGUUCAACAUCGCCCUCGAGGAUGUAUCAAUUACACACAUGACUUUCGGAAAGGAAUUCACAAGAGCCGUCGAGCAGAAGCAAAUCGCACAGCAAGACGCAGAGAGAGCGAGAUUCAUCGUCGAGAAGGCCGAACAGGAGAGACAAGCAAACGUCAUCAGAGCAGAGGGUGAAGCAGAGUCCGCUGAUACCAUCAGCAAGGCGGUGGCAAAGGCUGGUGAUGGAUUGAUCAUGAUCAGAAGAAUCGAGGCGAGCAGAGAGAUUGCACAGACAUUGGCAAGCAAUCCAAACGUUACAUAUCUUCCAGGUGGUGGAGAGGGUGGGAAAGAAGGAGGCGGAAAAUUCUUGCUUGGUUUGAGAUAA